CCAUCUUCGUGACAAGCGAGUCAGUUGAUUUACGGUACAGCAAGGAGAAUGAUGUCGCUGGAAAAUCGCAGAUGGAUGGAGGCUUUAUUCACCGUAGCGCUUAUCUACUGCUCGGCUUUUACGUCAGGUAGAAGAGAUGGAAAUCUUCUGAUUAUUUACCUACUGAUCUAGAUCGUUUUCUGGAAAUGAUCUCAUGCAGAUAACGUUACUAGUAGCGAGUCCUCUGCCUGAAAAUGAUAGCUAGCUAACUACAGGAAAUAGCUAGCUAGCAACUAGUACCGCUAAUGAAAUUAAAAUCCAAAUUGAAAAACACUUCCAAUCCUGUUGAUAGAAAGAUAGUUAGCAAUAAUUUGUGGCAAGCCAUGUUUUUUUCCCAUUAUAAAUAUGGUGAUAUAACGAAUAAAUACUGCUUGUUGGGCCAAAUUACCCUAGCAUGCUAGCUAGCUAACGUCAACUUGACAGCCAGCAACCCGCACCAGCUGGGAGUGGGACGACAUAAUCGCCAGCUAACGUGAGCCAUUUCCCACAGUUUAAUCCAUUUUGUCGUUAUGAACAACAAUAUCUAGCUAUCCAUUCUUAGCUGUCUUACUAACCAGACUCACAGGGGUGCAACUAGCCAGUUCAGUAUCAUGUGACAGACAGUACACCAACAUCUGAUUCACUUAACUUCCUCAAACAUGAUUCUGCUUUCCCAGUCACGAGACUCCAGCUAACUAGCUACUGUUGCCCGGCUCUGCCAUCCAUGGAAAAGUGUAAUUCGCUGUUUUUAAUUAACAGUCAAGUGGGACCAAAUAGCAACACUAUACUGUCAGAACCGAUCUAGAUUAACCUCCAUAGUCAUAUGAUAUUGCACAGUAUGGAAUGACCUCACCCAAGCCAAACAGUAGUUAGCUUUGCUAUGUAGACAUUAUUGGAAGUUGUUUAUAGAUCAAUUCCUUCUGUUUUCCCUCAGAUGUUCAGGGGGACAGCCUCACCAUAUUGCAGGCCCCUGAGUAUGUGUCCUUCCAAAAGGGAGACUGGCCGAUCUCAGGGGAGAAGAUUCCAGAUAUGGUGGCUCUGACUAUGGGUUUCUCCAUCCAGGAGGUACACACACACACACACUGAUCCUAUGUUUGAGCAGGUAUGCAAGCCUAUUUUGUUGUAUAUUAUAUACUAACAUCUUGUGUCUGUGUGUGUAGGAUCUCUCCUGGCCAGGCCUCCGGGCAGGUCCUUUGUUCCAGCGUCCCAAGGCCAACGUGCUGGUGGUGGUGAGGGGGGUGGACAGCCUGGCCCUGCCCCAGAGUGUGGCCUCCUACCCCCUAGAGAAUGUGAGUGUGACGAGAAUUCCAAUCAGUAGGGUGGUGGUUGGGGAGCAGCAAAAUUGUGAGAUUCCUUUUAAUCAGAUUCUUCACAGAAGCUCUGUUAUUAAUAACCUAUCCCUUGUUCCCUCUCCUCCAGCCGGUGCCCUUCACCCUGGACAGUGUGGCUGAGACGGUUCACUCUCUCUUUGCUGAGGACACUCCUGUGGUGCUCCAGCUGGCCCCUAGUGAGGAGGUACUGUAUGGAACAGCACAUUAUUGGAUGAGCACCUGAGUAUGUGUUGCUGUGUUUCAUUACACAGAGGGUUGGUAUGUGCAGGUGUUGGUAAUGUUAUCCUGUGUAUGUGUGUCUACAGAGGCUGUACAUGCUGGGAAAGGCCAACGCUGUGUUUGAGGACCUGCCUGUGACCCUGCAGCAGAUCCGCGCUCGUCUCUCCCAGGAUGGCUCUGUGCUUGCCUCCCUACCACUCAACUCCCUCAGCCGCAACGCUGAGGUACAUGCAUUAGUCUCGUCACGAUGCCAACAAUUUACUAACGAUACCAGGCCAAGUAUCACGAUACCGAGUAGUAUCGCAAUACCGCAUGGUAAAAAAUUCAGUGGCCUAGCGUCCUGUUUGCCCUGUCCCCCGACACUUAUUCCCAUUUUCUAAACAUUCAUAUGUUGAAUUUAACUUCACACUGUUCACUGUAUAAUAGAAUACUGCAUAGAAUGGCUAGCUAAUUAGCUUAUAUUUGAAAAGGCCUGCCUGUAAUUUGGCUGGAGGAAGGAAUAUACAUGCAUAAUGAUCUGCAUGUCAUUGUGGCAGUAAGGGGAAAACACUGCAUGAAACCUUUACUCUUCAGUUAACACACAGGCACACACACACUACCUCCCUCACACACACAGUCUUCCUCAUAAACACACACACACCAUUUUUUACAUGGUUAGUGAGUGCAUACAUUUUUUUUUUUCUUCAUACUGGUCCCCCGUGGGUAUUGAACCCACAACCCUGGCGUUGCAAGCGCCAUGCUCUACCAACUGAGCUACACGGGACACCACUCUCUCUCUCUCUAAAACAUACACACUGCUCCAUUAGGCACCAAACAGAAUGUAAGGAGCACCAGAAAGAGAUAGAUUUGUGAUAGUUUAGGCUUACAUUAGGCCUAUAUGAAUCCUACUUUUUAAGCACAUCUCAUGAGUAGCAGAUCAUUUUCCUUUCUUCCUGUGCCAAUCAAAUUUCCCUAGACCUAGUGUCAAGUUAACAGGUUGUUAGCUAUCUAGGUAACAUGACUAAACAACGUUUGUUAUCAAAAAAUUAUCGGCCUGGGAUUAGUUUAAAACGGCCCGUGACAUGGUUUGUGAAAUUAUAUCAAAUAAGCACGAAAUCGCACAGGAAGAAAAAAAAAGAAGGUAGCUCUGGUAAUGAGUCAUAUUUUUUUGACCGUUUAAGCAGAGACAAUAUGUUUUUCUUUGCUGUAAAGCUGCAAGCUGUUUUUCCUCUCUGGCACUGCUGCGUGACAGCAAACUUGUAAAGCCUAUGACUGGCCUGUGCUGUUGGUUAUACCAGGGAUGAAAUUAUAUACAGUGUAUCAACUUUGCUCGCUCUGAGCGCUGCUCCAAUGUAUCAAAUGUACAAAUGUAACAACAGAAGACUCAUCAGGGUCUGCAUCCCCCCUCGCCAUCAUGGUCCUCUGUAGCUCAGCUGGUAGAGCACGGCGCUUGUAACGCCAAGGUAGUGGGUUCGAUCCCCGGGACCACCCGUACACAAAAAAAUGUAUGCACGCAUGACUGUAAGUCGCUUUGGAUAAAAGCGUCUGCUAAAUGGCAUAUUAUUAUAUUAUAUUAUCACAGCUAAAUUACAUUUUUAAAACUGAUGUAGGAAUAAUGUGCAGGAAGAGCGGACGGAGAGAUGCAGGUGACUCCUGUGUGGCUCAGUUGGUAGACUGGCGCUUGCAACUCCAGGGUUGUGGGUUCGAUUCCCUAGGGGGGACCAGUACGGAGAGAAAAAAAGUAUGAAAUGUAUGCACUCACUACUGUAAGUCGCUCUGGAUAAGAGCAUCUGCUAAAUUACUAAAAUCUAAGUGACGGCUGGAAAGGGAUGCGGCUGGUGGAUUAUAGCUGCCACACGUGAUAUGCGCAUGAAAGUAAAGUGGACAUUAUUGGACUGGUGCAUACAAGAGACUAGUUGCUGUUACUUUAAAAAAUGUAACAGAAUUGAUAAACAACUGACUUAAUACAUGUUUUAUAACUGCCGCCAGCGGGCUCUUUAGAUCGAUAUGGGCAACAUUUGGUAGUAUCAUAUGAAAUGUUACUACGGUAUUCUACAAUGUUGGUAUCAUAAGUAUCAAGCCGUUUUAGUACCGUGAUAUUACCGUGGUACCGGUAUACCAUGCAACACUAACAUGCAUAAAUAGUGCUGGUUCUGUCUGCGUCCCUCGGUAAAAGUGAACAAGAACGGUAAGGGUUGACCACUUCAAAUGUUGACCUCUGACCUUCCACUCUCCCUAUAGGCUGAUCUGCUCUUCCUGUCUGAGGUCCAGGUUCUACAUGACAUCACUGCCCUGGUAAGACUCUGAAUAUAUAAUUUGUUGGGCACAGGGGCAUUGGAUCAUUUAAAUCUGAGCACCGCAGUGCCAUCCCCAGAGCCUUACAGCAUGUGCUACUUCUUCAUUAUUGUGGCUAACGCUUGUCGUCUAUCCCCUUCACACUCCUGUAGCUGCAGAGACACAGGCACCUGGCCAAGGAUCACUCCCCUGACCUGUACUCCCUGGAGCUGUCUGGCCUGGAGGAGCUGGGCCGUCGCUACGGACAGGACUCCUCUCAGUACCAAGACGCCGCCGCCAUUCUGGCCAAUGUCCUGCAGAAGGUAAGCACAAGGGGGAAUGCCCAUACUCUGUAUUCAUAAAAUGUCUUAGUGGUGUGACUUACUCCUAAAAGGCCAAGUACAGAAGGCAAUGGUUUAUGGUUGUAAAAGCCAUUUAUGUACACUGAACAAAAAUAUAUAAAUGUAAAGUGUUGGCCCUGAAAUGUUCCAUAUGCACAGAAAGCUUAUUUCUCUCAAAGUUUGUGCACAAACUUGUUUUCAUUCCUGUUAGUGAGCAUUUCUCCUUUGUCAAGAUAAUCCAUCCACCUGACAGGUGUGGCAUAUAAAGACACACUUACACCUUGUGCAAUCUAAAAUGUGGCCAUUGAAGAGGAGUGGGACAACAUUCCACAGGCCACAAUCAACAGCCUGAUCAACUAUGCGAAGGAGAUGUGUCGCGCUGCAUGAGGCAAAUGGUGGUCAUACUUAGGGCUGUUGCAGUGACCGUAUUACUGCCACACUGGCGGUCACUAGUCAUGAGGGCAGUCAAAUUACACGUGACCAUUUAGUCACAGUAAUUAGGCUUCUCCAAAUUCGGAUGCUGUUGAUGGUCAUUAGUAGCCUACCAAACUUGCUAACUGCCUGGUACUCAACACUCUAUUGUCCCUCUAAUCACUCUGACAUCAAUGCAAAUGUAAUCGAAAAUCUAAUCAAACACUUCAUGAGAGCUCAUGUUGCGCAACAUUUCUCUAGGUUAUGCAAUUGCGCGAGAAAACCGAGUGAUGGCCUCUAUUAAAAAGAGGAUCCCAUCAGCUUUCUGUAGGCUAGGCCUAAUAUAUUUAUUUAUCAACUUUCCUAAUAUUAAGCACGUUGCUUAUCUUUAUAUAGCCUACCUGGCUGGUAUGAAAAUGAACCACGGGAAAAGCGUCCUCCAUUCGCUAUUUAAGUGCAUAGAUGACGUAUUUUUUCCCGCUGCCCCUGUUUCGAGACAUGUGCAUGAUAAUGGUCCAUUCUAAAUCAAAACAAAUUUCACACAUAUAUGAUUUAGUAUAUGUGAAGAUGAGAUUAAAUCAAGAAUAGUCUGAUGGGUGACAAUAUUUGCCUAUCACUUAUGAAUGCUAUAUUAUCACUUUUUCGAAUCAUAGUCGCCCACCUCAUGUAGCCUGGCCUAUAUGCUUUGAUAAGGUUUGUAUCACAGCUAAAGUGGAUAAAUAACUUCUUAAAAUUAAGCACAUUUAAUCUGCUUUACAAGGGGUGUAUAGCCAAACUGGCAUACAUAAGCAGCGCAUGAGUUUCAAGUUUGGGGAAGAUCAUUUUCACCAUAAAAAUGCACCUUUAUAAUAAAAGCAUUACAUGCGUAAUCACAUUUGCGGUCACUUUUGAUAUUGGUGUUUUCCCGCUAAUGGAACAUUCAAGCUUAUAGCAUACUGCCAUGUGUGCAUUGCUGCACUUAUAAUGGGAAGAAAUAGCCUAAUAGUUUAUCAACAUUUUAAGCUAAACAUUCUGCAUAAAAAAGUAAAUGUGGACAGUUCUUCCAAAAUCUUCAAUAUGCACCUCAGAGUUGGAUAAGGACGUGCGCAGUUGUGUCACCGAUGUGUCUGUCUUCACUUGUAGCCUGUGAGAAAGACCCGAUCACGUGAUGAGAGCCCAUGUGAGUGAGAGGUGCUUCGGGGCGCGCAGCAGUCAGGGAGAAGCGCACAACGCAGCACUCCGGGCCAAGGGCACAAUGGCCACUUGCUGCAGAAGGCAUGGAUUUUUUUAGGGUGCAUUACGGCCACACAAAGGGGAUGCCGCCAUAAAAUUCGAGGCAUUAUCAAGUGCUUGUCAAAUUGUGAAUGCGAGACUGAAGUGUGUACAGCCUGCGCAAAAAACAAAGCAGAGCUCAUGCCUUUCAAGCGACCUUUUUCAAAUCAUCAUUAGUCGCAUCAUGCAGCCUUACAAUGUAUGAAAAAUCAAAACAUAUAGCCCAACGUUUGUAGAACAACUAAAGUUACAUUAAUAACUCUAAAUUAAGCAUAUAGGAAUACCUAUUUCUUUGUUAACCGGUCAACACAGAAUAGCCGCAUGUGCGCACUCCCUCAAAUUGUUUGGAGAAAAUAUCCUUUCUAUUUUAUUCAACUUUGUUCAAUUGUGUUCUUCAUACUAUAAAAUAAUGCAACGGAAUUCUAAGCAAAUCUUGUCUGCUAAAUGAACUAGUGUAGCCCACAGCCAUAUGCCAUAGCCAGAUCAGGACCUAACAACUCAAGAGUAUGUUCUUCUGAAAUUGACUACAUUUUCUUCAAAUCAUGCUUCUUUAGACCUGUCUAAAAUAAACAUUGGAUUUGUUGUGAAGGUGAAGGCUAUAUUACAUGGAUUUAUUAGACUUUUUAAAAUGUAGAUGUUCCAAAGUUCUGCAUCAGUGGCUUAUUUUUAAGGUGUGACCAACGGAUGCAUAUCAGGUGAAAUCCAUAGAUUAGGGCCUAAUUCAUUUAUUUCAAUUGACUGAUUUCAUUAUAUGAACUGUAACUCAGUCUAAUCUGAGCAAAUUGUGCAUGUUGCGUAAAAACAAAAUCUGUGUAGAUGAUUACCAUUAAAACGCUCUCUCGUUAUGUUUAUAUUUACAUCAACAGCAUCAUCCCGGAUACCCUAGCCUAGACCCAAUCCAAUUCGCAUACCGCCCAAACAGAUCCACAGAUGACGCACUCUCAAUCGCACUCCACACUGCCCUUUCCCACCUGGACAAAAGGAACACCUAUGUGAGAAUGCUGUUCAUUGACUACAGCUCAGCGUUCAACACCAUAGUGCCCACAAAGCUCAUCACUAAGCUAAGGACAUUUACAUCAUUUAGCAGACGCUCUUAUCCAGAGCGACUUACAAAUUGGUGCAUUCAACUUAUGAUAGCCAGUGGGACAACCACUUUUCUUCUUUUUAAUUUUUUUAUGGGGGGGAGGGGGGUAGAAGGAUUACUUUAUACUAUUCCAGGUAUUCCUUAAAGAGAUAGGGUUUCGAGUGUCUCCGGAAGGUGGUCAGUGACUCCGCUGUCGUGGGGGAGCUUCUUCCACCAUUGGGGUGCCAGAGCAGCGAAUAGCUUUGACUGGGCUGAGCUGGAACUGUGCUUCCGUAGAGGUAGGGGAGCUAGCAGGCCAGAGGUGGAUGAACGUAGUGCCCUCGUUUGGGUGUAGGGUCUGAUCAGAGCCUGAAGGUACGGAGGUGCCGUUCCCCUCACAGCUCCGUAGGCAAGCACCAUGGUCUUGUAGUAGAUGCGAGCCUCAACUGGAAGCCAGUGGAGUGUGCGGAGGAGCGGGGUGACAUGAGAACUUGGGAAGGUUGAACACCAGACGGGCUGCAGUGUUCUGAAUAAGUUGUAGGGGUUUAAUGGCACAGACAGGGAGCCCAGCCAACAGCGAGUUGCAGUAAUCCAGACGGGAGAUGACAAGUGCCUGGAUUAGGACCUGUGCCGCUUUCUGUGUAAGGUAGGGUCGUACUCUGUGAAUGUUGUAGAGCAUGAACCUGCAGGAUCGGGUCACCGCUUUGAUGUUAGCAGAGAACGACAGGGUGUUGUCCAGGGUCACGCCAAGGUUCUUUGCACUCUGGGAGGAGGACACAAUGGAGUUGUCAACCGUGAUUGCGAGAUCAUGGAGCGGGCAGUCCUUCCCCGGGAGGAAGAGCAGCUCCGUCUUGCCGAGGUUCAGCUUGAGGUGGUGAUCCGACAUCCACACUGAUAUGUCUGCCAGACAUGCAGAGAUGCGAUUCGCCACCUGGUUAUCAGAAGUGGGAAAGGAGAAAAUUGUGUGUCGUCUGCGUAGCAAUGAUAGGAGAGACCAUGUGAGGAUAUGACCGAGCCAAGUGACUUGUGUAUAGAGAGAAUAGGAGAGGGCCUAGAACUGAGCCCUGGGGGACACCAGUGGUGAGAGCACGUGGUGCGGAGACAGAUUCUCGCCAUGCCACCUGGUAGGAGCGAUCUGUCAGGUAGGACGCAAUCUAAGAGUGAGCAGCGCCGGAGAUGCCCAACUCGGAGAGGGUGGAGAGGAGGAUGGUGCACAGUAUCAAAGGCAGCGGAUAGGUCUUGAAGGAUAAGAGCAGAGGAGAGAACGUUUGCUUUAGCAGUGCGGAGAGCCUCCGUGACACAGAGAAGAGCAGUCUCAGUUGAAUGACCAGUCUUGAAACCUGACUGGUUUGGAUCAAGAAGGUCAUUCUGAGAGAGAUAGGAGGAGAGUUGGCUAGAGACGGCACGCUCAAGAGUUUUGGAGAGAAAAGAAAGAAGGGAUACUGGUGUGUAGUUGUUGACAUCGAAGGGAUCGAGUGUAGGUUUUUUUGAGGAGGGGUGCAACUCUCGCUCUCUUGAAGACGGAAGGGACAUGGCCAGCGGUCAAGGAUGAGUUGAUGAGCGAGGUGAGGUAAGGGAGAAGGUCUUCGGAAAUGGUCUGGAGAAGAGAGGAGGGGAUAGGGUCAAGCGGGCAGGUUGUUGGGUGGCCGGCCGUCACAAGUCGCAAGAUUUCAUCUGGAGAGAGAGUGGAGAAAGAAGUCAAAGCAUAGGGUAGGGCAGUGUGAGCAGGACCAGCUUGACUUAAUAAAUGAGGAUCGGAUGUCGUCAACCUUCUUUUCAAAAUGGUUGAGGAAGUCAUCCACAGAGAGGGAGGGGGAGGAGGAGGAUUCAGCAGGGAGGAGAAGGUGGCAAAGAGCUUCCUAGGGUUAGAGGCAGAGGCUUGAAAUUCAGAGUGGUAGAAAGUGGCUUUGGCAGCGGAAACAGAGGAAGAGAAUGUAGAGAGGAGGGAGUGAAAAGAUGACAGGUCCGCAGGGAGUCUAGUUUUCCUCCAUUUCUGCUCGGCUGCCCGGAGCCCCCUUCUGUGAGCUUGCAAUGAGUCGUCAAGCCAUGGAGCAGGAGGGGAGGACCGAGCCGGCCGGGAGGAUAGGGGACAUAGAGAGUCAAAAGAUGCAGAAAGGGAGAAGAGGAGGGUUGAGGAGACAGAAUCAGGAGAUCGGAGGGAGAAGGAUUUAGCAGAGGGAAGAGAUGAUAGGAUGGAAGAGGAGAGAGUAGCGGGAGAGAGAGAGCGAAGGUUGCGACGGCACAUUACCAUAUGAGUAGGGGCAGAGUGAGUAGUGUUGGAGGAGAGCGAGAGAGAAAAGGAUACAAAGUAGUGGUCGGAGACUUGGAGGGGAGUUGCAGUGAGAUUAGUAGAAGAACAGCAUCUAGUAAAGAUGAGGUCAAGCGUAUUGCCUGCCUUGUGAGUAGGGGGGGACGGUGAGAGGGUGAGGUCAAAAGAGGAAAGGAGUGGAAAGAAGGAGGCAGAGAGAAAUGAGUCAAAGGCAGACGUAGGGAGGUUAAAGUCACCCAGAACUGUGAGGGGUGAGCCAUCCUCAGGAAAGGAACUUAUCAAGGCGUCAAGCUCAUUGAUGAACUCUCCAAGGGAACUUGGAGGGCGAUAAAUGACAAGGAUGUUAAGCUUGAAUGGGCUAGUGACUGUGACAGCAUGAAAUUCAAAUGAGGAGAUAGACAGAUGGGUCAGGGGAAAAAGAGAGAAUGUCCACUUGGGAGAGAUGAGGAUUCCUGUGCCACCGCCGCGCUGACCAGAUGCUCUCGGGGUAUGCGAGAACACAUGGUCAGAUGAGGAAAGAGCAGUAGGAGUAGCAAUGUUUUCUGUGGUAAUCCAUGUUUCCGUCAGCGCCAAGAAGUUGAGGGACUGGAGGGUAGCAUAGGCAGAGAUGAACUCUGCCUUGUUGGCCGCAGAACGGCAGUUCCAGAGGCUCCCAGAGACCUGGAACUCCACGUGGGUCGUGCGUGCAGGGACCACCAGAUUAGAGUGGCAACAGCCACGUGGUGAGAAGCGUUUGUAUGGCCUGUGCAGAGAGGAGAGAACAGGGAUAGACAGACACAUAGUUGACAGGCUACAGAAAACGGCUACAAUAAUGCAAAGGAGAUCGGAAUGAAAUGAACUAAACAUCUGGGAAAGCGAGAGAACGGGGCCUCCAUCACUUACGUUUCACUGAAACACUCACUCAAAUAUAACUCUCCCAACUUCCACUUUAGAAAUUAUAAUUGUUGUAAACUACAGCGGUUCAAUGUUUUCUAGGAAUAGACUCUAACUUAGUUUAUUCAGCUAGCUAACUUGGUACAGUAUUCUUCCAUGAAAACCUUCCAGGGCACCGAAUCCUAUGACGCCAUAGCCAACUAGCAUGCCAGCCUCCAAUAACACAGUUUAGCACCAAUACUCGGUUACAACAAAGCACCAGUGUGUUAACACGCCAAGCAGAUCAUUCGUGUCCGUGUCUAACGUUGUGUACAUUUUUGGGUUCGUUUUGACAGUUUGAGUGAGUAUGUCGUCAAUUUAUUCAGCCAGUUAGUUAGCUAGAAUAGUUAGCAUACUAGCUAGCCAUUGCUCUCUGCCAGCGAACCAACCCCUCCUCCCAUGGCACGAACACACGUUAACUAGUCACCCAUGUCCCGAAUUCCCUUGAACGACUCUGGUUACCAGUAUGUAAAAACAAAACACAAAUGUAGGUUAUAACUUACCCUUAGUAGCUACUGUUAGCCAGUUAAGUGCAAAGCUAGCCACUGAAUCGAUUCAGCCAGUUCGCGUCUGUCCCAACGGAGAGAAAGCGUCUCCAAAUAUUAAAGAUAGGUCGUUCCAGCUAUUGUUUAGUUAGCUAUCCAGGUAGCAACAAGCUAGCUACAUUUCGAGUACAGUAGCUACUAACUACCUAAUGUUAACGCUUCAGAUAAUGAGGUUAGAAAAACAGCUGAAUGGUAGGCAGCUAGCUGGCAUAAUUACAGGUACUCUUAAGCGUGAAAUAACUUUGGAAACAACUAUCCACAGUUGCUAAUAGUUACCAGUAGCUACCUGCUAGCUAGUCCAGGUAGUGGGUUAGCUAGCCUCGUGCUUCACCGGGCUCAGCCGAAUACAAUACUUACCUACAAUAAUGACCUAUAAUAACCUACGAUAACUACCUACAACCUAUAAUAACCUACGAUAACUACCUACAAUACCUAACUACAAUACCUACCUACAAUCUAAAUACAUGGUUUAAGCUUUACUCGACACCAUAUAAGCCAGAGAGAGACACAACCUUACCCAACGCCUCCUAGGGACCCUGGGACUAAACACCUGCCUCUGCAACUGGAUCCUGGACUUCCUGACAGGCCGCCCCCAGGUGGUAAGUGUAGGCAACAACACGUCUGCCACUGAUCCUCAACACUGGGGCCCCUCAGGGGUGCGUGCUUAGUCCCCUCCUGUACUCCCUGUUCACCUACGACUGCAUGGCCAAGCACGACUCCAACACCAUCAUUAAGUUUGCUGACGACACAACAGUGGUAGACCUGAUCACCGACAACGAUGAGACAGCCUAUAGGGGGAGGUCAGAGACCUGGCCGUGAGGUGCCAGGCAAACAACCUCUCUCUCAAUGUGAACAAGACAAAGGAGCUGAUCAUGGACUACAGGAAAAGGCGGGCCGAACAGGCCCCCAUUAACAUCGACGGGGCUGUAGUGGAGCGGGUCGGGAGUUUCAAGUUCCUUGGUGUCCACAUCACCAACAAACUAUCAUGGUCCAAACACACCAAGACAGUCGUGAAGAGGGCACGACAACACCUUACCCCCUCAGGAGACUGAAAAGGUUUGGCAUGGGUCCCCACAUCCUCAAAGUUCUACAGCUGCACCAUCGAGAGCAUCCUGACCGGUUGCAUCACCGCCUGGUAUGGCAACUGCUCGGCAUCUGACCGUAAGGCGCUACAGAGGGUAGUGCGUAUGGCCCAGUACAUCACUGGGGCUAAGCUUCCUGCCAUCCAGGAGCUAUAUACUAGGCGGUGUUAGAUGAAGGCCCAAAACAUUAUCAAAGACUCCAGUCACCCAUGUUCUCUCUGCUACUGCACGGCAAGCGGUACCGGAGCGCCAAGUCUAGGACCAAAAGGCUCCUUAACAGCUUCUACCCCCAAGCCAUAAGACUGCUGAACAAUUAAUCAAAUGGCCACCUGGACUAUUUACAUUGACCCCCCCCCCCCCCCCCCCCCCCCCCCAUUUGUUUUUACACUGCUGCUACCCGCUGUCCAUUGUCUAUGCAUAGUCACUUUACCCCUACCAACAUGUACAAAUUACCUCGACUAACCUGUACCACCGCACAUUGACUCGGUACAGGUACCCCCUGUAUAUAGCGUUGUUAUUGUUAUUUUGCUACUUUUUAUUAUAUUUUACGUUAGUUUAUUUGGUAAAUAUUUUCUUAACUCUUUCUUGAACUGCAUUGUUCGUUAAGCGCUUGUAAGUAAGCAUUUCACGGUCAGGUCUACACAUGUUGUAUUCGGCGCAUGUGACAAAUUUGAUUUGAUUGACCAACUGUAGUGUAUUUCCACAAUCUCUUUGUUCUACCUCCCUCUCGACUUCCUGUGCUUUAGUUUGGUGAGGACUUGUUUGGUCUCUAUGGUGACAGCGCGGUGGUGGAGGUUGUCACGGUGAAGAACUUUGAGGCGCCACUGACAAGGAAAUCUCGCUCAAUCCUGGAGUCCAAACAAAUUGUGAGUGCAUUUAAUGUUUUUUCUACAUAAUCUAUGUACAUUUAUGCUGUUACACAGAUCAUAAGCCUGUUUAAACUUAUUUCGAUCUUCAUAAUUCAUAGAUAUGGAUGCAAAUAUUCUCUCUAUACCCCUCUCACCCCCUGCAGAGUAACCCUGGCAGUCCCUAUAACCUGGCCUAUAAGUAUAACUUUGAGUAUGCCGUGAUCUUCAACAUCGUGCUGUGGCUGAUGAUCAUCCUUGCCCUGGCUGUUAUCGUCAUCUCAUACAACCUGUGGAACAUGGACCCAGGAUAUGACAGCAUCAUCUACAGGAUGACCAAUCAGAAGAUCAGGUUGGACUGAAGUCUGCCCAGCAACACUCCAGCCCUCCAAUUAGCCCUCUCCUAGUGAAACUUUGUUUUUCUUGUUUUGUGUGAAAAAUAAAGAUGUGGAGCUGAAGGUGUAGACCUAAUUCUAAAUGGGUUGGAUAGGUUUAAGCAAUAUGGUGAAAAUUAUUCCACUUAGCAUUGUAUAAGCCAUGGUUGCACUAAUUACAAACCAUAUGGCAUAUACCUAUUCCACCUCUCAGCUAUACACAAGCUUCUAGUGGUCGGUUAUGGAUUUAGGAGUAGACAUCAGAGUAGCAGUUGUUCAGGUGGAGGUAAGUCUUAUCCAAUAUGUAUGACAUGUAUGAGAGAUGCAGUUUAUUGGUUAGCACUUUUGAGAAAUUUCACAGAGGUUAACUAUACAGCAGCUGUAGUUGUGUAGUUUAAUGAUGAGUUGUAACACUGUAGAGCUUUCUCUGAGGCCUAGUCCUGUACCUUUAACCCCACACUUCACAUUCCUUAUGAGUGUC